AGAAGACGAACUUGGAGCAAAGGAGCAGAAGUGGUUCUGGGGGCUGAUUUCAGUGUAUGCAGUGUAAUCAAUAACAGGCUCCGUACUCGCAGCUGCGCAGUGGUUCGUCGGAGAUGCAGAGCAACAGUGCUGCUAAGGUGGGAGGAGCAGGAGGCGGAGCAGAGCAGCAGCGGCGGCGGCCUCUGUUUGGAGGAGCGCUGUCGGCUCUGCUCCCCCACAGUGCCACGGACGUCAGUGAGCUGAGGGAGAUCCCGGAUAACCAGGAGGUGUUUGCCCACGCACACUCCGACCAGAGUCUGAUCGUGGAGAUGUUGGAGUUCCAGGCUCAGGUCGAGGACCAGAAUGCUGCCGGGUAUCACUUUGAGGACAUUGCACAAAGUAACAAAGCCAUACAACCUGGUGCCUUUGAAGUGACAAGUGUUGUGCCCCUGCCCAAAUCUGAGCUUUCCCUGUCAGAGUGCAGCUCCGCCUGGAUGCUCACUGGGAAGCAGCUUGUGUCCAAAUUCGAUGAAGCAGCCAGGAACACAGUGAUCCUGCACCUGGGUCUGUUCCGCCUGCCGCAGUUCUCCACAGAUGUCCUGAUCACCUUCAACGAUCCUAUGAACAUCAGUCCUGACAGCAGCAGUGCUGGGACACAGUCGACAGACCCGUGGACACUGCAGGACUUCCAUCGCGUGUUAUGCUCUCUGACUCUUCACAACCCGGGGUUGUUUGGUUAGAACAUGUACAACCAGUUCACUGUAGGUGUCCAAGUCACUUGAUGAGCAGCCUGGUACUUCCAGCUUCCUGUACGUUUUGAGUUCCACUUAAAAAGUUUACAGAGUAUUAAUGAGUGCAUCUUUCAUGCUUCGCUGGCAACUAAAAAUGAGCUGAAGAUCAAGUAAUUCAUAAUGAGAACAAAACCUCUGUGACCAUAAGAAUUGUUGAGAAAUAAUAUAUUAAUACAGUGCAUUCACAGCGCUUUACCUUUUCCACAU